AUGGAAACGAAUGAAGUUGUGAUUACUACUGCAUCAAAUGUUCCGGCAGGCGUGUUAAUCUCAAAUAUAAUUACAAGCAGUAUACCAGUCUUACCAUCUGUACCCAAUGAAUAUUCGAAUUUAAGUAGUGGAGGAUCAAUGUCGAAUGAUCGCGAUUUAGAAAGUGCAGAGAAGCCGUUAGUGGGUGUGAAAUAUUCCAAAUCAUUGGAAAGGAAGGCGCCACGAAAACGAAAACGUUUAGAUGAACAAAGACAAGAAAGAAAAAUAACAGAAUGUUUCAGGGUUUGUUUUUUUUCUUAUCGUUCAAUUAAUAUUUUGCAAAAUUUUAUUUUAGGUUUCCUUAAAGAAUAUCAAUUUCACUAUCGCAUGGAAUUGGCCAAAAAGGAUGUCCUUAUUGAAGAACUGCAAAGGACAAUUGAUGAUCUAAAACAGCAGGCAAUUAGAAAGGAUCGGCGCGUCGAAGCGUGUAAAGAGACCAUAAAGAGGCUAUUAAUAGAGCAAAAUACGAUGGAGCGUAAGCAGGCGAAGGCAAAAUGCAUGGAAGAUUGUUUGCGGAUUGGUCAGUUUAAGCCAACAAGACAUCGUGAAGAGUUUCGUGAAAUGUGGUCAGAUGGUUGGGCAUUUGAAGAGAUCGAAAAAGCACAACAAAAAAUCACAAAUGAACGUAAUGAAAUAGUGAAUGCUUCUCAAAAUCUUCGAAAACGAAAACCUGCAAAUUCAUUAAGAGAGAUUAAAAGGGCAUCCAGUUCAAGUAAUGAUGGAUUUCUUCCAUCAACAUCAACUGCAAGUGGUAGUUGUAGUUUAACAAGUGAUGACACCUUCGCUCGUCCGGAAUUGCCGAAAGAACUUUCUUUUCAAGAAUAUAUUGAACAAGACGAAAUAUAUCGGCUUCGUAAAGAGCAUUUGAAAAAAGAAGAAUCGGAAUUAAUUGCGGAAAAAGAUCGGUUAGAGCGGGAGCGCAAUUUACAUAUAAGAGAAUUGAAACGGGUUCAAUAUGAAGAAGCAAGUCGUUAUAAGGAUCAUGAAUUGCUCAAUAAGAGAUAUCUUUUGCUUUCAUUACUCGGGAAAGGCGGUUUCAGCGAAGUGUGGCGAGCUUUUGAUUUAGAUGAGAAUAAAACGGUUGCCUGUAAAAUUCAUCACGUAAACAAAGAAUGGAAAGAAGACAAGAAGGCGAAUUAUGUGAAACAUGCAAUGCGGGAGAAAGAUAUUCACAAGACAUUAGAUCAUCCACGAAUUGUUAGACUUUUUGACCUUUUUACAAUUGAUAAUCAUUCAUUCUGUACGGUUCUUGAAUAUUGCGAUGGUAACGAUCUCGAUUUUUAUUUGAAACAAAAUAAACAAAUACCCGAGAAGGAAGCGCGCUCAAUUAUUAUGCAGGUUGUAUCCGCGUUACGAUAUUUGGCAGAAAAGCGUCCACCAAUCAUUCAUUAUGAUUUAAAACCAGCUAAUAUUCUAUUGCAAUCGGGCACUACCAGUGGAGCGAUAAAAAUUACUGAUUUUGGCUUAAGUAAAGUCAUGGACGAUGCAGAUGAAGGUGACUCAAUUGAGCUUACAUCGCAAGGCGCUGGAACUUAUUGGUAUUUGCCCCCUGAAACGUUUGUUGUUGGAUGUAAUCCUCCUAAGAUUAGCUCCAAAGUCGACGUGUGGAGUGUAGGCGUAAUUUUCUACCAGUGUUUGUACGGAAGACGGCCAUUUGGUCACGAACAGACGCAGCAAAAGAUCCUUGAAGAAAAUACAAUUUUAAAAGCGACAGAAGUCAAUUUUCCUGCAAAGCCCACUGUUAGUAUGGCUGCACAAGAUUUUAUUCGCCGUUGUUUGCAAUAUCGUAAGGAAGAACGUGCUGACGUUUUCGAACUUUCCAGACAUGAACUGUUUCGUCCACGUGGACAAGUAAUUUUUAUUUUCGCCUAUUUAAAUCCACCUUCGUCGCCAUCUGCAAAAAAUACUCGAUUCGAAGAUGCAGAUUUUUGA